AUGUCCGAUCCGCAUGCUCUCACAGCAUUGGAAGAGGGUACCGGCAACCCGGCUCUGACUAAGGGCAGAUUUUAUGGGCUUUGUUCGUCUUCUGAAAUUGUUCACCUUCUCCAAAAGCUAAUUGCAGAGGUGAUUGGAACAUAUUUCUUGAUAUUUUGCGGGUGUGGUUCGGUUGUGGUGAACAAGAUAUAUGGUUCGAUAACAUUUCCGGGGGUGGCUGUGGUCUGGGGCAUAAUCGCUAUGGUCAUGAUCUAUGCCGUUGGUCAUAUCUCCGGCGCCCAUUUUAAUCCCGCCGUCAGCAUCACUUUUGCCAUCUUUCGCCACUUUCCUCUCAAACAGCUACCUCUGUACAUUGUGGCGCAGCUUUUAGUCCUUGCGAGUGGGACGUUAUGUCUUGUUUUCACUGUUCAUACUGAUGAGUUCUUUGGAACUGUACCGGUUGGAUCAAAUGUUCGAUCUUUGGUCAUUGAGAUCAUUGCCUCAUUUCUCUUGAUGUUCGUCAUUUCCGGCGUUGCCACCGAUAACAGAGCUAUUGGAGAACUGGCAGGAAUUGCUAUAGGAAUGACCAUAUUAGUCGAUGUCUUUGUUUGCGGGCCUGUAUCAGGGGCGUCCAUGAACCCAGCUAGGAGUAUUGGGCCUGCAGUGAUAAUGAAGAUCUACAAGGGCUGGAUUUAUAUUGUAGGCCCAAUAAUUGGGACAAUAUUGGGUGGACUUGCUUACAAUUUGAUAAGAUUCACUGAUAAGCCACUCCGGGAAAUAACAAAGAGCGUCUCUAUCAGGAGCGUUCCCGCCUUCAAGACCAUGUCCAGGAACACCACUUUCAACAGUAGAACUUAA